AUGACGGCCGUGUCAGACUUCAGCACCAAUGGCCGCCACCGCAAUGGCGAAAUGCUCAGCCCAUUGGAGCGCAUCGACGAAUCCGACUAUGAAUCCGCAUGGGAGAAUUUCCCAUCCCACGACAGACAUUCACCUGUGGAUUUCUCCGAUGCCAACUCGACCUUUUCCUCAGAUGCCGCCACCCUCAGGACUCAAAAAUCCUCAUUCGACCAGCCGAAGCUCCAGCCCGAAAGCAUCAGCGAUGAUGACGUCACAACAGCCGUUCCUACACAAGCCCAAUGGGGCAUUCAUUGGAAGUCUCCGACCUUGAUGCUUUCACUGUUCUUUUUCGGCGUCGGGUGCUGCAUUGGGCAUCAUUUCUUCUACCAAUUCCUUGACGGAAAGCCUGUCGAGUCCUCCAUCACCCAGCAAUGGGCUAUCCGCAUCGGAACUGGCCUUGCCUUCCUUGCGAAAGCUUCCCUGGCAGCAUCUGUCGGUGUGGCCUUCACCCAAAGACUCUGGGUGACUUUGAGAACAAAAGCGUUGUCCCUCCGUGCCAUAGACAACGUCUUUUCUUUGGCAGUAGAUCCUACCUCAUUCUUCAACGGAGAGGCCUUGACACACGCGAAACUCCUGUGCUUGCUGGCCGCCGCUAUGUGGUGCAUUCCAAUCAUUGCCAUCAUCACGCCAGCGACACUGACAGUCCGUCUCGUGACGACAGUCAACACCACGAACACAAACGUGCCUUCGCUGAGCUACGAGAACGCUCGCAACUGGGGUGAAUACCAGGGCGCGCAGCGUUUGAUUGACGCAGCGAUACCAGUGCACCGGAUCCUCGCGGCUACCGCCACCACCGGCGACAUCCUUCGCACCCAGCCUCCUUUCUCAAACUCUUCGUACACAUUGGACUUCUUCGGCCCCUCUCUCAAAUGCUACAACCUGAGUGCCGCCGACCUCGACCCAGAAGACGAAAGCGUCGUAGCCCCGGCCAGGAAGGUGUACGAGUCCGUCAUCGAAGCCAACAUGCAGCGCUCCAACGCACCGUGGGCGGCCCACCACAUCUACCUCGGCGCCACGUCCAACGCCACCAACCUGACCGACACGCUCUUCGUCAACGUCCAGGGGCUGCAGGAGCAAAACAUCACCUGCAACGUCUGGAACACGUCCUACACCGUCCUGUACGACUUCACCGCCUCCCCCGCGCAGCCCCCGACCAUCACCCGCCUCGCCCGCACCAGCCCCAUCCAAAUCGCCCCAAACAACACCCUCCCCUCCUACACCCCCCACGAAAUCGCCUUCUUCGCCUGGACCCGCGCCCUCCACGCCCUCCUCGCCUCCAGCAUCGACCUCUCCUCCGCCUCCCCCUCCACCCUCUCCAACCCCUCCGCCUCCCUCCUCCAAACCAACCUCGCCUCCACCCGCGAAGUCCUCCAACGCCUCAACCAAACGACGUCCGACACCACCACCAGCACCGUCGCCCACACCCUCGAAGACCUCGCCCAAAACUUCACCCUCUCCCUCAGCGCCUCCGCCUGGACCGCCGGCACCGCCCCCACCACCAUCACCACAUUCCGCGCCACCACCGCAUACACCUACCACGCGCUAUACCUCCUCGUCGCGUACGCGGCAGGCGUCGCCGCGGCGCUGGCGGGGUUGUGCGUCGGCGCGGGCGCGUACCUCGCCAACGGCUUCGCGGCGGGCGGCGCGUCGUCGUCGUUCUCGAGCGUGCUGCUGGCGACGCGGAACCAGGACUUGGACAGGCUGGUCGAGGGGCGGUGCUUGCCGGCGCGGGGGGCGCUGCUGGAUGGAGACGGGGAGUUGGGGAGGACGAGGUUGAGGUACGGCGUGUUGGCGGCGAAGGAGAAGAGCGUGGCGGGGCAGGAGCAUGCGGCGUUUGGGUUUGUGGGGACGGUGAAGACGCUGAGGAAGGGGGAUGUGGUGGCGUAG